AUGCUUCAUAAUUCUCUCUCUAUAACAUACCCAAAACUACCAUUAUCUUCAUUUCCUUCAAAUUCCACUUUUGAUUCACCUGGAACCUUCAGAUUCUCCAAGUGCAAGAUUUUUUCGAAGCAAUCUUUCAUCGAUAAUGGCAAUUCCAAGUCAACCGAUCUGUUUCUGCAAAACAAUUCGUUUGCAGAUUUCAUGAGGUUCAAGAGAGGCGACCAUGGGCAGCUGCAGACUGCUGUUGUUAGCUACCGCAAGAAGUUCCCUUGGUCCCUUCUUCAACCAUUUCUUCAGGUGGAUUUGGUCUCAACAAUUCACAUUGCCGAUAAGGAGUACUUUGCAACACUGCAAAAGGAGCUUGAGCUAUACGACUGUGUUCUUUAUGAAAUGGUUGCUAGCAGAGAAAGUUUAGAAAGCAGAACAUAUCCGGCUGCUAAAAAGAAACUUAAGGGCACUUAUGCACGUGGAUUUAACAUUAUUGGAUGCAUUCAGCGACAAAUGGCUAGACUGCUGAUGCUUGAUUUCCAAUUGGAUUGUCUCGAAUACCAGGCUGAGAAUUGGUACCAUGCUGAUCUCGACUUUGAAACUUUCAAGUCACUUCAGCUUGAAAAAGGCGAGAGCUUCUUCACAUUUGCCAGAGAUAUGACACUUAGAUCCACCAAAGCCAUUUUGAAGCAAUCGUUGAUUCCAGAAGAUCUUGGUCCUUGGAGAUCUAAACUUCUUUGGGCUUCUCGUGUCCUGCCAAUGCCUCUUCUUGGUCUUGUCAUCAUUGGAAGUCUGUGUGCAGAUGUGGGAAGCCAACCAGCAGAAUAUCCUGAAUUAAAAGCCUUGUCAAAGCUUGAUUUUGGUGCAGCGAUGAAGGUCUUCCUAGCAAAAAGGCUAACAUCUGAGUUCAUACAGGUGACAGCUGACGUGGAGGAGGGAUCUGUUAUCAUCGGUGAGCGUAACAAAGCUGCAAUAAAAGCACUUGACAGAGCAAUGAGUGACGGGCACAAUAAGAUCGCUAUAUUAUAUGGGGGUGGGCACAUGCCAGAUUUGGGAAGGCGUUUGCGAGAGGAGUUUGACCUUGUUCCCUCCCGGGUGCAGUGGAUUACCGCUUGGUCAAUCACAAAUAAGCAUAUGACAAUACUUGCAUUGGAUCUCUGGUUUUGGGAACUCUUUUUCGGUACUACGGCGAACUGGGUUUCUCACGUAGCAUCAGACAUAUAUCAAUACAUUGAUAGUGCUCAAAAUGAUGUGAUUCAUUUUAUUUGA